AGGAAGUGACUUUAUUAAUUAAUCUCACGACUCUUUUCCAAUGUGGUCCUUUAUAACCCCUUAUCUCUCGAUGACUUGUGAGGUAGUUGUUAGUAACACUUAUAGGCGGAUAUGGAACGGUAGGAAUGGCACGUCACGAGACUCUUUGUCAAUUGUGACCAUAUGAUAGAUAAUCUUGCAUAAUCCGAUUGUAAUAGGAAAUAUUUCAUUUCUCGUUGAUUGAAAUACCAAACAUACCGAAAAACAAGAGAAAUUAUUCGAGAAAAUAUACAUGAGGAUUAUAUUCAAAUUCUCAAAAAAAUCUCCUUAAAUCCCAAACCACUAUGGUUGUUGCUAUUGUAAAAGAUAGCCAAAAAAAAUAAAAAUAUUUUCAAUGGGUUAACUGAAAAUUCUUCCCCAACCCCUUUUCAAGACAAGAUAUCCAAUCCAAAGUAUCCAACCCUCCUCCAUAUUAAAAUAUUGAAGCUGGUCAUCUUGCUGGUGGAGAAGACACAUCAAUCAAUAUUGAGAUGUUUACAAUCAAUAAUCAAAAUUUUAUAUUUUCUUAUUGUGAGAUCGUAUCUAUAAGUAUCUGCAAAUGGGGCAGCAUGAGAAUCUUGACCGUCGAUCUACAUUGCCGUAUACUUGUAAGUGACGACGGUUGAUUUUGAUAAAGCUAUGACCCGAAAAAAGACAAGAGAUUCUCCAUCCCAGCCUAGGGAAAGGCUUCUUGUUGCGAGAUCUCAGUUGGAUACGGUUACGUCUACUACCCAAAAGCCAGGGCACACGAUUUACCAUUUCUGUGAUACUACAAGCGCUGAUGCAGUCGGCCUCUUCGUUCUUCGCCGGAGGUUCGCGCUGACUAGAAUUAUGCUCUGUUUUUUUUGCUGGUGUAGAAUCAUCGUCAAGAUCCGAAAUCUUAACUUAAUCUGUUGUCUUACUUGAGAUUGAAAUUAGAACGUAGUAACUAACACAAUAAUGUAACCCGUUUGUUCUGUGAUCCACAAACAGUUGAAUUCCAGCAGCGGGAGACAUCCCAGCGACAAUGGAACCCAAGUGAUGGGAAGCACCAGCGCGGCGGGGGGAAAGGAACGUAACGGAGAAAACAUUGAAAACGAUUGAGAGGUAAAAAGGGCUUCUGUUAUAUGGCGUGUUUUGCUGUCACAGCUUUUUGAAUGAUUUGUUGCUGAGAAUGGGGUGAAAAGAGCAGGAAACAGAGUCGAGACAGAGAGUGGCAGAGGGAGAGGCAGAGCACCACAUGACGACAAAGCUGAGUUUGUAGGAAGGAAGGAGAAGGACAAGUAUGUACAUUGCAGCCAGCCACAGCCCACAGGGGUUAUAGGUCGGCUGGUUCAAGGCUCUGCCAUAGCAUAAUCGAAAGCUGUUGAGGUAGGAUUAACCCUCACAUGGAGGAAUGAAUACAAACAGCCGUAGCUAGGAUUUCAUUUAACGUGGUUCCGAUGUAAAAUUUAUAUAUAAAUAUAUAUAUAAUAAAUAUUUUUAAUAUUUACAGUGACUCAUGAUGCGUUUUCGUAGUUGCUAGUAGAUUUUCAUUUGGCGGUGGGGAAUUCGACACUAAAUUAUGGAUUAGUAAACAAAAAUGAAGAAGCACUAGAUGCUUUGCCUAAAAAAUUGCUCAUAAUUUUGACUCCAUAUGCGUGGGAGGGCUAAUGAUGCCCGCCCUUCUUAAUUACCUAUAAUCAUCUGGAAACGCGUAAUGAAAGGACUUUCCACAACUUGAAUCAAGAAAAUCAUGUGCUGGCGCAUUGGAUUAACUGUUGGACGAAUACUAUCCGCACUACUCAAAUGAAUAACAAGGCGACCCAUGUGCAACCCCAUACAAAGACUUCCCAGCAGCUCGUAUGGAGUCCACCCACGAUGGAGUGGCUGAGCAUUCACGCCGACGGGUCAGUUAAGCAGUCGGAUUCGCUUGCAGCAGCGGGAGGUUUGAUCCGAGACUGGACAGGAAGGUGUGUUGGAGCUUUUGUCGAAAUCUGGGCAUUUGUACUAUUUACCAGGGUCGAGAUCAAAGCGGCGAUUCGUGGCCUCCAGGUGGCGUGGAGGGAAGGCUUUCACAAGGUUCUUCUUUAUUUGGAUUAUACCACUGCUAUCAAUAUACUCACGUCACCAGAUCAGAGGGACCAUAAGUAUUUCAACCUAGUCCAACAGUUGAGGGGACUAAUUCAGUAAAGCUGGGAAGUUAAGAUUUCCCACACUUAUAGAGAAUGCAACAAGGCAGCAGACUACUUGGCCAAUAAGGGCCACCUUGUAAGCAUAGGUUUCCAUGUUUUUAGGAUCAACGAUCCUUGUUUAUCGUUCUGAAUUUUGUAUGACUCUAUGGGCAUUGCCCAAAAUCGUUUAAUUUAAGUAGAACAUGCAGAGGCGCCCUUCUAACGUCCCAUUUUCUAAAAAAAACUAUAAUCAACA